AUGGAAACCUUCAUUCAGUCCACGUCAGACCUCUUGGAGGCGUUUCCAGGAGCUACGGUUCUGAUCACAUACUCUAAUGUGAGCAAGAAAACCAAAAGCGAAGACGCCAAAAGAGCAUCCAAUGUGUUGAAGUUCAAGGUUUACGAUUCCCACCUGGGUAAAUGUAUCAAAUAUUCAACACACAAAUCUAAGGAAUUGUCGAGGUUGUUGACAUUUUUGGGUCCUCAUGGUGUCAGUAUGAAAAGAAAACACGAUGGUGGUGAUGUUAGUGAAAAGAAGCAGAAGUUGGGCGUGGGAGCUGCUAGCGUCAUGAGUAACGUUAAGGUUGAGGAGACGGAACAUGAGACUGUGGAGUCUAAUGCGGCCACACCAGCUCCCGAGGAGGGUAGUACGGCUACGAGCUCGAAAAAGAAGAAGAAGAAGGGCAAAAAGAAGUGA